UGAAAUGUUUGUGCUAAGUCGCUAAAUUUCUUAGCUGAAUGUAGCUGGUGCAAGUAUUUCUUCAAGUGUGUGGUAGUCGUCAAUUAGAGGAUCUGGUGAUGACUGUAUGCCGAAGGAUCUUGAAUUUGGGACUUAUUUCCAUGUAAAAUUAUUGGAUCAGUUUGAAAGAAGUUGUAAUCUUAAUCUGUUAGGAAUCAGGCAUUUGAUUACACUUAUGUGGUUCGACCAAAGGUUUUAACUGUUUUCAGUGAUGAAGUGAUUUAGUGGGAAUCUGGGAGUUCAAUUGACCGGAAGUUAGAGCUCUGAUGGUGUGGAUACUUGAAAAGGACCAUACAAUGUGGCCUUAAUUUUGUUUUCCGCAGAAUUAUUGUGGAAUCACCAAAGCGGCUGCAAUGUAUCAAAUGUUGGCCACAAGUUGGAAGCUUGAGGAAGCUCUUCAGCUGUUUUAUGUUGGAAAUGAGGGUGGUACCAUGGCAUCAUAUUUGCACUCUCCACCAAAAGAAAAUGAUAGACCUCCGGCUGAUCAGAAUUCAAGUGGAAAUGUAGCAGACAUUGAUCAGCAUGUGAGCCAAGAUGAUGGCGAUGAAGUACGGGCACCUAUACCCGUGAAAAGGGAUGUUCUUUAUGACAAUGCAACCCUGUAUGGAUCAAGAAUGGGAUACCCAUCGCACGAAGCUCCUGUAGUGGUUCCCUUCCGCAAUUUUAGUGAGGAAAUGAGACGUCCUGGCAUUUGGGAAUCAGACCAAGCUGCCACCUCUACAGUUGAUAAUUCUCGUGAUAGUCUUGCGUCUUUAUACCGUCCUCCAUUUGAUUUGAUGCACAAUGGGCCCUUUGAAAAGGCAAAAGAUGCUGCUAAAAUCCAGGACAAAUGGUUCCUCGUAAAUGUGCAAUCUGCAAAGGAAUUCAGCUCACAUAUGCUUAAUCGUGACACGUGGGCAAAUGAAGCUGUUGCUCAAACUAUCAGUUCUAAUUUCAUCUUUUGGCAGGUAUAUGAUGACACACAAGAAGGCAGGAAGGUCUGUACCUAUUACAAGUUGGACUCUGUUCCUGUGAUUCUUGUAAUUGAUCCCAUCACAGGUCAGAAAAUGCGCUUAUGGCGUGGCAUGGUUCAACCAGAGAGUUUACUGGAGGAUCUUUUAGCAUUCAUGGAUAAAAGCCCAAAGGAUCAUGUCAGCUUAUCUCAUAAGCGUCCAAGAGAGAGUUCUCAUACUUCACCUCACAAAGUACAAGAGGCUACGGUGGCUGCUGGUGCAACUAAUGAAGAAGAUGAAGAACUGUUACAAGCAUUGGCAGCUUCAGUGGAAAGCAUCAAAGAGGAUAGUAGAGUGGUGUCAAAUGUCAAUGAGACAAAUAAUACUGGCAAAGAAACAGAGACAUGUUUGAUAAAGAAGCCUUCAUAUCCACCUCUUCCUGAAGAACCCAAGGGUGACAGAAACAUGCUUUGCAGGGUUGGCAUUCGUCUUCCUGAUGGCCGCAGGCUGCAAAGGAACUUCCUCCGAACUGAUCCUAUACAGCUACUCUGGUCAUUCUGCUACUCUGAACUGAAGGAAGCCAAGGCACGGCCAUUUCGGUUGGCACAGGCUAUCCCGGGAGCUUCAAAGUUUCUUGAUUACGACAGCAAACAAACAUUUGGCGAGUCGGGGCUCGCCAAUACAAUGAUCUCAGUCACUUGGGAGUGAGUGUGACAACACAUAUAUAUAAUUGCUGGUGCUGGAUGCCAUUCCAGGAAUGUCUGUUAAUGUGGCGCAGUCUUGCAUUUCGAAGAAUUUUGGUGAUAAAAGAGCCGAAUUUCCUUGUUUUUCAUUUUGCUUCUAAACCAGAAUUGUGUUGGAGCAAAGGGGUAUUUGGAACCAGUGACUGGGAGAAGUUUUAUGGUAUUUUUAUUAUAAUUUCUGUACAUAUUCCAUGCCUGGGCAUGAUAUACUCUUUGUCAAUGUUAUACAUAUUUUUAUAUAUUCUCUUUGUUUCAGGCAGA